GGUGACCCACUCCGGCGAUGACACGGUGCGGCCAUGCUACCCCUUCCAUUCGUUUCCCAGGAAGGAGGCAUGCAUGAACACAUAAAAGCCAUUCCAUCUUCCGCGCUCGCUCUUCACAGCUCUCUCUCAAUCGCUCCUGAGGCAGAGCUGUCCCUACGAAGACAGAAUAAUGAACACGGGAGCUCCUCAACAUUUCAUUCCAUUUUGAUUCCUUUCUAACUGAUCGAUCGUACCUGCACAUGUAACCCGAGUUGUGUGUCCAAGGCGCCUGCAUCUGGUGAAUGCAGGAGGCAUCUGCACCUCAAGGCGCCUAAUUGGACGGUAUUAACGAAAAAUUGCAGAGAGUUCCCCAAUGGAGUCCAGCCCCAAAAGCUCUGUUCCUCGCGCUCACGCGCCGAUCAAGUGCCCAAGCACCUGUGAGGACGUGGACCAGCUGCGGACUCCUUCAGUGUCGUCCCAGGAAUUCAUCGAUUUCAAGAGGAAAGCUACCACGAUCGUGGAGGAGUACUUCUCUACGGACGACGUGGCCGCGACGGCGAACGAGCUGCGGGAGCUCCGCGUGCCGUGCUACCACUACUACUUCGUCAAGAAGCUGGUCUCGGUGGCCAUGGACCGGCACGACAGGGAGAAGGAGAUGGCAGCCGUGCUGUUGUCCUCGCUCUACAACGACGUCAUCGACCGCCCGCAGGUGUACAAGGGCUUCUGCAAGCUCACUGAGUCCUGCGACGACCUCUCCGUCGACACGCCCGACGCCGUCGACAUCCUCGCCGUCUUCGUCGCCCGCGCCAUCAUCGAUGACAUCCUGCCACCGGCGUUCCUGGCGAAGCAGCUGUCGUGCCUGCCGGACGGGUGCAAGGGCGCCCAGGUCAUCCACAGGGCGGACAAGAGCUAUCUGUCCGCGCCGCACCACGGGGAGAUCAUCCUGCAGAGGUGGGGCGGUAGCAAGAACAUCACCGUCGAGGAGGCCAAGGCCAAGAUCGUCGACAUCCUGGAGGAGUAUCUGGCCGCCGGCGACACGGCCGAGGCGUUCCGGUGCAUCAGGGACCUCAAGAUCCCCUUCUUCCACCACGACGUCGUCAAGCGCGCCGUCGUUCUUGCCAUUGAGCGUGGCGGGGCAGCCGAGGGCCACAUCCUGGACUUCCUUAAGUCGGCAUCGCGCGAAGGUGUCAUCAACGAGAGCCAGAUGAUCAAAGGCUUCAACCGGAUGAUCGACUCUGUUGACGAUUUGACGCUCGACGUGCCGAACGCGAGGUGUCUCCUGAAAUCCAUAAUCUUGAAGGCUUCUUCGGAGGGCUGGCUGUGCGCGUCGUCCCUGAAACCGCUUGGCCCGGAGCCGAAGAAGGCCGCCGAGGACGACGCCGCCGUCAAGAAGCUCAAGGCGAAGGCUGUGUCGAUCAUACAGGAGUACUUCUUGACAGGGGACAUCAUCGAGUCGGUGAGCAGGCUGGAGGCCGAGAACAGAUCGUGCUCACCCUCCGUCAAUGCCAUCUUCGUCAAGAAGCUGAUCAUCGCUGCGAUGGACCGGAAGAACCGGGAGAAAGAGAUGGCUUCCGUGCUGCUGUGCUCGCUCUGCAUGCCACCGGAACACGUCGUUGCAGGGUUCCACCUCCUGAUCGAUGCCGCCGAGGACGCCGCGCUGGACAACCCUGCUAUCGUCGAGGAUCUGGCCAUGUUCUUUGCCAGGUCGGUGGUCGACGAGGUGAUCGCGCCGUCGGACCUGGAGGCGAUGGAGGAGGAGGCAAGCCGCCGCAAGGCGGUGGGCUCCCCCGGAAUGCUGGCGCUGCGGAACGCCCACGCCCUGCUGGGAGCAAAGCUCUCCGCGGAGCGGAUCCUGCGGUGCUGGGGCGGCGGCGGCACCGGCAAGGCCGGGUGGGAGCUCAGCGAGGUGAAGGAAAAGGUUAGCAAGCUCCUGCAGGAGUACGACUGCGGCGGCGGCGUACGGGAGGCCUGCCGGUGCAUCAAGGAGCUCGGCAUGCCGUUCUUCCACCACGAGGUCGUGAAAAAGGCGCUGGUGUCGAUCAUCGAGAAGCGGGGCAAGGACGAGCGGCUCUGGGGGCUGCUCGACGAGUGCUACAGCCGCGGCCUCAUCACGCCGAACCAGAUGACCAAGGGCUUCGAGAGGGUUGCCGACUGCGUCGACGACCUCGCGCUUGACGUGCCGGACGCCAGGGAGCAGCUCCGCUGCUACGUCGAGCGCGCCAAGAAGGGAGGAUGGCUGGACGCCUCUUUCUCCAUUACAAGGCCGGGGCAGCAGGCACCAGUCCCAGAUGGCAUUGCUGCUUCUUCGUGAGCGCCGGUUACAUACAUGCAACACUACUGACAUUCCAGGGAAGUUUGUUUGAUUUGCUGAUUUACGCCAUUAUAUUACGUGUAUGUAUCUUCAGGUACAAGAGAAAGCGGUCGAUUAGGAGUAUAUACGUUCCCACGAGAAUGAUGUUAUAGGAUAAUAUAGGGAGUAUGAACUUCCAGAUUAGGAGUUUUUCGUGGCGUUUAGCGCGGAGGAUUUGUGCAUUGGAGAGUUUUUGUUUGCCAUUUUCUCCUAUACUGUCAUAUGUGGUUUUGUUUUGUUAA